CGUCACGGUGUGGCAUCAAAACCUCCAAAUAUAGUUUAAGUGCGCGCGCGCGACCGAACCGAUCGUUUUUGUUGUGUAUUAUUAUUUAUUUAUUUUUUGUGUUUUGUUUCAUCGUGUUCCAUCUGUGUUGUUGAGUUGUUGCACACCGUUAGGCCAUUGCAUAUAAUUGAUCGGCGUGCGCGUCGGCUACGCUCAAGAAAUUCAAUGCAUUUCCUUGCAUCGAAUUAAACAAUUUCACUGCAUGAGCGAAAUCAAAUCAAAAACUAAUUAUUUGACCAUAUGUUCCUGCAUCAGUGAGUGAGUGUGUGUAAGUGCCUGGCGGAGAGUCAGAAAGAGGAUUUCUCUCUCUCUCUCUCUCUCUCUCUAUCCCAGAGUGAAAGUAAUUUUCAUGUACCAUGGUUCAUCAACGAAAAAUUUCGUGUUCCAUAUGGAAAUUGUGUGCAUGUUUUGGUCAUGAAAUCGAAAUAUGUGUCGUUUUUUUCUUCAUUUUUUUCGGUGCACAAUGUAGAAAGUUGAUUUUGUGUAUAUCCUGUGAAUAUAUGCAUCAAAUGCUCAUUUUUCUCUCUCUCUCUCUCGUUGGGAAUUACCUCUUGUAAAUGAAAAGAUUCGUUUCCGUCUCGAAUUUGAUUUUCAAAACGAUCGGAUACGAAGCGGAUUCGUGAGUUUCGUGUUUUAUUGACGCGACUACAUACUGUUGCACUUAACACUUACCGCGCACAUAUUAAAAAAAAAAAUAACGAAUGCAAUUGUCAACACAUUACGAGAAGUAGACGAAGAAAAAAAAAACGGAGGCAACUCAAGUGGCUUGUCGCCAGAAUAUCGUUUUAAUGGUGUGCAUAAAUACUGCAUUUACAUUUCAAUUCUUUUUUUUUCUCUUCAUUCUUAUUCUCGUCGUGACGAUUGAUUGAGCCAACUUCAGUUUUUUUUUUAUUCUGUUGCAUUUCAACUGAGAGAGUUAGAAUGAGCUGAAGAGUGCAAAAGAUUCUUGAUCAACUUUUGAUUUAGUUGUUUUAGUAUUAUUUUUGCGCGCGCGUAACCAUGACGUUGACCUUUAUGCCCACAUUAAUCCAACUGCUUGUUGCAAAAUAGCAUCACGUACCACAAAUUGAGACAACCAGAUGCUUGCAUUCUGAUGCAUUCUUAUCGUUUUUGCGACACACUAAACCGUCGCCGCCGCCUUGUGUUGAAACAAACGAACGUGAAAUACGAACCCGAACGAGUGCACAAAAAAAGACGUUCAGCUGGAGUCAUAAAUGACAAAUUGAAAAUAAAUUGAAAUGUGAUAAUUGAAUUCAAUUAGGACGGCUAGUUUUCAACUGUUUCAUCAUUUGCGUCAGCAGUGUGUGCCACAGUCGACUUUGCAAUCCAAAGAGUUUCUCUUUCGUCCAUUAAAACAUUAAACGUUGCAUUGUGUGUCCACAUAUUCAAUUAUUUCAUAUUGAUAAUAACAUAAUUUCAUUCAUUCAUUUGUUUGUUUAUUUUCUUAUUGUUUUUUUUUUUCCUCAUUUUUCAUUAUUAUCUUGGUUUUGGAUGUUCGCAAAGGAUUGCAUGGGCGGUUUGAAAAAAUAAAAACUUGGUGAUCGAGACCGCGCGUCAAACGAUCACCAAGAGCUAAAGAGCAUAUAUAUAUGCACACGAAACAACUCAUUACAGAUUAUUCCAGCGACGUAACUGUUUGGAAACAGUAGAAAAUAACAUAAUUUGUGUUAAUAAAGACACAUCGCGAUCAAGUCAUAUCUAUUUAUUUUCACACUCGAAUCAUAUAGCGAGCAAGUGAGUAGCUACUGUGUUUGGGUCGUGCGCUUUGUUCACUAUCAAUCGCGCGAGAUCUAUUGUUGUUGGUGUUUUUGGUGCACGAGAGCGAGAGCGAGAGCGAAUGAGAGAGAGAGAGAUUCUACGAUAAAUUUAUUCAAUUUUUUCCCAUCCGUGCAUUGUACAUCGUGAGCUGAACACGGUGGAGUUGAGCUCACAAAUCAAACAGUUCAACCGAAGAAGACAUAAUCUUUUUGUUGGCCAAAGUGAAUGUUAAGCAAGACAAUCGAAGCAACAUUUUUUUUUCAAGCAUCAAUUGGUGUGUUUUGCAAGCGACAAAGGAAAAAAAACCAUCGACGAACCGCAACAAAAUAAAACGUAAAUAGAAGAAGAAGAAGAAAAAUAAAACGAAAAACAAUCAACUCGGAGAGUGAGAAACCCAGCACAAAUCCAUCAAACUUCACACAUCAUAAUGAAUGUAAUUCUGCGGAGUAUCUCAUUUAUGGUCUUAUUAAGCAUCGAAACGUUAGCAUCAUCGUCCCGGUUUUCGCAUCAGAAAUGUGGCCUAUACGGAAUGCCACCGUGCAACUAUGUACCGUCAACGUCUGGCGUAACGCCGGUGUGUGCGUCACCCGGCAAAACUUAUUGUGAAUUUGUGCAAAAUUAUCCAGUACACACGAUUCGACUGUUGCUGGAUAAAUGGGGUAUUGAUAAUGUGAAUGAUCUUAUCGUCGAUGAAACGGUCGAUGAUUUCGAGGCAACCCGACGAUUUAAUGAUAUACCGUUGUUUGACCAGAAGCCGCCAGAUCCAAAUCAAACACCAACAUUUAACGAUUUGCCAAAUGCAGUGCCGACCGACGGAUUUCAUCACUUUGAUGGAGGCUAUAAUUAUCCAAAUCCAAAUAAAAUGCAUACGGCUGUACCACAGCCACAGCCACCUCCAUCUCAUCCAUCGCCUUCUCUCCCUUCUCCAGCGUCAAAACCCGGUGGCUAUUUACCAACCAACGGUUACACGGUCAAUCAUAAUCCGAGCGCGGAUCGAUAUUGGUCCGGAUUUUCAUACUCAAUCAACCAAAGACCGACUCAGAACAAUAUAUUGAGCGAACCAUAUCGGUUUCAGUCUCAGCCUUCAUCACACCCUGGCUAUUACCGUUCAAAUUCCUAUGUGACUGAAUACCAACCGGCAAAAUGGUUCAAAGGAUAUGUCCGUGAUGUUUCAUUGCGUACACGAUUUGCGCGUCAAAUUCCAAGUAACUCAUCGAUCGAAGCAACAUUGCCAACACCAGCAAAUCAUGCACAACGAUCAUCCUCCCAUCAAAAUGAAUUGGCCGGAUUGAACGAUCGACAGACGAAUUCGACCGACAGUCAACAGACGAACCGUCGACCAAAACGACAGAGUGCCGGAAGAGAACAACUGUGUCAAACCACCUAUCAAUAUAUAACGCCGCAGGCAGCUUUAAAUAGUCAAGGCAAUUGGAUGUAUAUUGUGAAUCAGGUCGACACAACACGACAAUUGGUGCGAACGGAAACGUGCGCAUCGACUGUUUGUUCGAAUAUAUGUCAACUACCGAAUGGUUAUUCAUCUAGAUGUGAACAAAAGUAUGUGCAAAAGCGAUUGAUAGCGCUGAAUGCCGAUGGAACGAAUUUAUAUACGGACACAUUUUGGUUCCCUAGCUGUUGCCAGUGCACAAUAGCUGGCUCCACAUAGUCUCUCCACACCGUAUAUCAUCAAUUUUAAUAGUUAUUUUUUUUCUUCGUCUCUGUAGACUAGUUUAAGGACUAAUUCAUAAUUCUUCAUAACACACAAACAUACACACACGAACAGACUUAGAAUAAAUACUUAAUUUAUGAACAUCCAUUCAAAUCGAUUUCACAUUGUUAAAAUUUAAGCUAAGCUAGUGUUUUUUCUUUGUAGAUUUAUAAAAUUGGAAUAUCGCUCGGCGAACAGAAACAAAAAAAAAGCGCCCUGAAUAAAGAAUAGAAAAAACAAA